GAGCGGGUCUCGGACGGAGGCGCGGGGUGCGGGAAGUCAGAAAGAGCCCCGAGGGGGUGCUGCGCGGCUGGCGAAGCGGUCGCCUCCCGGGCACCCUGCGUCGAGAAGGGAGAGUGGACGCAGGGAGGCUGCACCUCUGUCCACUCCCGAGGCUGGAUUCACACCGGGGACCCUACGGAAAGCUCCCAUUUCCCAGCUUUUCUCACCCAGAAUCCCUCCCUUUGUUUAGCGUAGGUGCGCCGCUGACGCGCCUCGCCUGCCAUGCCGCCCUCCGUCUCGGGCUUCCAGGCCGCCUACAUCAGCGUGGAGGUGCUCAUCGCCCUGGUCUCCGUGCCGGGGAACGUGCUGGUGAUCUGGGCGGUGAAGGUGAACCAGGCGCUGCGGGACGCCACCUUCUGCUUCAUCGCGUCGCUGGCCGUGGCCGACGUGGCCGUGGGGGCUCUGGUCAUCCCACUCGCCAUCCUCAUCAACAUCGGGCCGCAGACCUACUUCCACACCUGCCUCAUGGUCGCCUGCCCCGUGCUCAUCCUCACUCAGAGCUCCAUCCUGGCCCUGCUGGCCAUCGCUGUGGACCGCUACCUUCGCGUCAAGAUCCCGCUCCGGUACAAGACGGUGGUGACGCCCCGCAGGGCGGCGGUGGCCAUCGCCGGCUGCUGGCUGCUCUCCCUCGUGGUGGGCCUGACGCCCAUGUUUGGCUGGAACAACCUGCGCGCGGUGCAGCGGGCCUGGGAGGCCAACGGCAGCGUGGGCGAGCCCGUGAUCAAGUGUGAGUUCGAGAAGGUCAUCAGCAUGGAGUACAUGGUCUACUUCAACUUCUUCGUCUGGGUGCUGCCCCCGCUGCUGCUCAUGGUCCUCAUCUACCUGGAGGUCUUCUACCUGAUCCGCCGGCAGCUCAGCAAGAAGGUGUCGGCCUCCGCCGGCGACCCGCAGAAGUACUACGGGAAGGAGCUGCGCAUCGCCAAGUCACUGGCCCUCAUCCUGCUGCUCUUCGCCCUGAGCUGGCUGCCCCUGCACAUCCUGAACUGCAUCACCCUCUUCUGCCCCUCCUGCCGCAAGCCCAGCCUCCUCAUCUACAUCGCCAUCUUCCUCACGCACGGCAACUCGGCCAUGAACCCCAUCGUCUACGCCUUCCGCAUCCAGAAGUUCCGGGUCACCUUCCUCAAGAUCUGGAACGACCAUUUCUGCGGCCAGCCGGCCCCCCCCAAGGACGAGGACCCCCCGGAGGAGAGGCCGGAUGACUAGACCCCGUCU